AUGAACAUUGUGUUUGCCAACUCGACAUAUGCUAAAAGUUUUGUUGAGGCGCUGUGCAUUUUGCACCAAUUGGUUGGUGUUAAGGUUUUAUUGACAAUCUUGUUGGUUGUCUACGCUGGCCACGAUAACCGAUCGCAGCAUAAUGUGAGUGGGUUAUUUUUUACGUUUGUAAUUACUCUGUAUCUUUGCGCAUUAUUCCUUGAUUUUUGUUUUAUCUCUAGAUCAUAUUUUAUCCAUUGUUGCAUUUUUUCCUACCACAGACGUGGUUUAACCAUAAGGAAAACAAAAUUUACGAGAAGCGUCCAGAAACGCCAUUUGCAGCAUCGAAAUCCGUGCGUACAAAUCGGCUUGAUCGGAGCUCAACCUGGCGAAUUUUCAAUCACAGACCAAAUUAGGCACGUCCAUCUGCCUCCUUGUCAUGCGCAUGACGAUUAUACGACUAUAAUCCCUUCUCACGUAACUGCGUCUCUUUACAGAGACGUUGUGAAUUCACAACGAUAACCGUUAAGGCAAAAGAAUAUGGAGGUCGGGAUCAAGAGGAUAGAAGAUUCAGGCCGAAUAACGGGUGUUCAUAGGUUAAUUAAUUAUAGCUAAUGGACGUAUUGAUAACCAAUAUGCAUUUCCUUAGAUUACUUGAAAUGUGACCGAUGCAUCAUCUAGUAUUCAGUUUUAGCUAGGAAUGUCAUUCCACUGGUGGUAUCUUUUAUCUUGAAGUUGUGCCUCAGUGCAUUCUUAAGACAGUUCUGUUAUGGAGUAGAGGGUUGUGGCCGUCCACACAUGUCGGUUUGCUCAGGGGCUUGGGGAGGGAGGAGGGGAGGGAUCUAACGGUGAACUGCGCUUAAAUUUCGUCGCUGUAGAUCGACGUAGUAGGAUGAAGUUAAUAAGACUCUAGGGUCAUUUUGUCCCAGGGUAGUUUGGGGGUUUGUGUGAAUGUCUUCUGCGAGGGCAAGGCAAGGUUGGCUAACUGUAUGGACAUUGCCUCUGGCUCUGCAAAAACUCGCUGGUGCAGGAGCUGUCUCAUGGGCACUUCAUACACGACUCUGAAUGCUUGGGUGACGUCUUCCCGGUGGCCGUUGUCAACCAAGUGAGCCAAGAUUGCACAAGAGAUGGACUUUUCCAUGCCUUGAUUUAGCCAAACAGGAUAGCGCUCUUAUAUUCGCUGGGUAGGCGCCCAGUUGUUCGACCAAUAUACCCUGCCUCACAGGAAUAAGUGAGGCGUAAACGCACAUUGAAGAACUCUGAAAAGACAGCCUACCCUUUAUUUCAAGGAGAAGAGGCGGGGUGCUUGAGAUGAGUCUUAACUGGCAAAUGUGUACACGCGGAUGAUCGCAGUAUUUAAGCGACGAUUUAGAAGUUCGCCUGCAGGUUCUUCUCGAAAUGGCAAUGUGAGAAAUAGUUACUUCUCCUUUGCCGUUGACACGGCCGUUUUCCAGGGACGUUGCUUAAUAUAUUUUGGAACAAAGGUACCGGGAAGGUUAUUUUCCUGCAGCAAGUUUUGUGUGAAGGCGAUUUCGACGAUACCCACUGUGUGCUACACACCAAGUUGCAACGGCCGCGAUGAUUUACGUGUGAAAUAGUUUAUAGUGAUAGUAGAAUUUCGCAGCAUUUACCGCACCUCUUCUUCCCCACUCCCCACCUAGACCAGGUACCAAGACAGUCAAGAAUGCCGGAGAUGGGGGAUGGCGCAGGUGGCUGGCACUGCCGGGCCGGCACCUAGGCGUGCCACCAAACUAGUCUACAACAUACACUUGACCAGGACUUUUCCCAACAAAAAUAACACACUAAAAGGCGUCAGGAAUAUGAUGAUAACUGGACAGGCAUGCCUACCACCUGUAUGCCCAGCGGGGGCACAAGCGCAUCUACUGGCAAGAAACCAGUUGUUAGCGCAUACCAGGCUGCGAGGGCCAUGAUUUGCUGAAAGUGGCAUAGCACACGCUUCUAGGCCUUUUGACCAUAAAGAAAGCUAGUGAUAAUUUCACGGAUAGAGACGAAUAGUUCAAUUUCGGAUGUGUAUCCGGGUAAAGACGCAACUGAUCGAUCAUUACAACCGGUUUUUCUGAUGAAUUUUUAAAUUCAUGCAUGAGCACAUUAUUCGAUAUGACUGUGACAGCAAAGCAAGUGACGGUUGUAGGCUCAACGGUUAUUGCUACAGACCUGGAGAUGACUGCAACGGACUUAUAUGCGAAGUCAAAAACACUACUUUAACUGAUUAAGUACUUAUCAGGGACCCUAUUUAAAUAUGUUAUCGGUAUCAGCAAGUAUGACGACGGUUGUGGAGCUAAGCUCGCCAUCCUUUUCGAAUGGGACAGCCUUUUGCUAUAAUGUGCCACUCUCUCAAAUAGCCAGUUUGCGUUCAUAUAUCUCUUCUUAUCAUUUCUUCGUCUAACACAAGUAAAGUCGAAACAUGUAUGCAUUGGGGGUCAUCCACACGUUCCUUCUCUAUUACACUGGGAUGUACUAUUUUGUUAAUAUACCCUUUUUUAACUUGACAUCGUUUGCGGUCGCCGUACGCCUUAGGAUAUUCAUAUUAAUGCAUGAGCGUCUUACGCGACACGUCGCAUGUUUUGGCAUUUAAUCACUCGGCCCUUCUUACCGAGACGCAGACUUUUGAGUUGCAUUUCCGGUAAAUCAUCAGCAGGUAGCUGAAGAGAGUGUGUAAUUCUGACGGCUUAUCUUGCGCACAGCAGAUUCUCACCACGAAAACCCUAGGCAUUAACAGCUGUAUUAUCAUGCAUAGUCUGGGCUUAAAUUACUUCCACGUCUUAAUAGGCGUUAUGGCGGAUUUCAAAUAAUUCACUUUGACACAUCUGUUAGAAACUCAGGGCCUCUGUGGAAUUCGAACCCACGACAGUAAAGGGAGGCUUUAGUACAAUCAACACUCUAGCCAUCUGAGCUACCAGACCCCACCGGACGACACGAUUUUAAUCACAUUUGGGUCAAGUCUACCCAUCCAACCUGCCGAAACGUCUGGAAUCCGCCAAAGCUGAUAAAGUAGGACGACUUUCCAAGCAAUAUUUCCUAAGUGGUACAUCUGGAAUCCACUAGACUCACGUAAUUAAUAGGUGUUAUGGCAGAUUUCAAAUAAUUCACUCUAACGCAACUGUGAAAACUCGACGCCUCGGUGGGAUUUGAACCCACGACAGCAAGAGGCUAUAGCACAGCCAACGCUCUAGCCAUCUGAGCUACGUUACCCCACUGGAUGACACGAAUGGGCGCGCCAGUGGUCGCUAACAUAGCAACCAGCUCGUCUUCACACAAACGUGCCACCCCAAUGCGUAAAAAUCGCUUAGAUUAAUAAGGUAGGCCUAAAUUGACAUGUUAACUAGUACUCAUUGGCAUGACAUCUGCUGCUGCAGGUACUUCGUCAACCAGGACCCGUGUCCCUGACGACAGGUCUAAGCCAAGCAACCUCGCUACUUUUAAAAGGCCAAGCGGGUGAUUAUGAGGCAUCUAUGAACAUAACGCCCACUUUCAGAAAUCGCGCGUUCAAUGACAGACGACCAUCUGCGGUAGACGACAUGGUAGUUCUUUGCAUACUAAGCCAGCGAAAACAACACUGAAGACAUCGUGCCUCCCUUCGACGUCUCUGUGUCGAAUAACUACAGUUCGAAGGCAGACGGUGGCAUUGCCGCGCUCCAUUAAACCAGCGCAGACAAAUGCACGCGCACGCCGUGGCGAAGCAGGAAAUGGCGCCAGACAGUGCAUAUGCAGAAGUAUAUGCCUCCGUGGAAUCCAAACCAGGUGUUACGACACACCAAGUUGAGGAUUUGGUCUUGCCAGCCACCCUUUUGUUGUUGGUCAAAAACCUGGUCAUUUGCUGUGUGGACCAGGGAGUGUGGAGUGGAACGCCAAGGUGCGGGCUCGACUGUGCCAUCCACCUGCGCUCUCCCCGCCUCCAGUCUUCUUGACUCUGCCUGACACCUGGUCUAGGUGGAGAUUGCGGAAGGUGGAGUGCAGUAGAUGUUGUGCAAGUCUACAUUCCCUAUAAACUAAUGCACGCACAAUUCACCGUCCCUGCUCCAUCCUGCUGUGGGGAACACGGUGGACAUCGUCCACAACGCCGGCCGAACUAUCGUACCAUGCUCGUGCAAACAGUAAAGGCACAGGUCCGGCUGCCAAAUACCUACCUUUUCACCUCUGUCGAAAUGUAGAACUUGAACUGCGACUCGAAAUAAAUUGCUUUCUGAACUAUAUGACCUCUUUUUGCCGAUUAAGACUCACAGUUCCUUGCACAAAAUACUUCGAUGAUUAUACCUCAAACUGAAUUGCUUGAGGCAUCUGUGGCUUUAUUUAGCCCUAUGUGUUUACCAUGUCUUACUGUUCAGGAGUAUUCACUAAUUCGCCAUUUUAGGGGUAGCCAUCCGCGGAGAAGGAGAGACGAUAGCCGGAACAAGUGCUUUAUUAGCCUGGCGCUUCGGAUUCUCACUCGAAUCCAUUAUCAGAGACAGAGUAAGAUAACGGCAGAGGAUUGCCCGAUGUUGCAACAGUUAUAGGAUGUAGUUGCCAGGCUACUACAUGCCUACCACGGUUGGCAGCUCCCGAGUGCAUCACAGCUCCACUGGUCAGGUGUUGAAGUAGCCAUCGCCAUUCAGUUUUUAUGCUCCUCUAUGCCGGUCAAGAUUAUCGGCUGCCACGCUCAUCGUACGGCGCCGAGUGGCAAAGUAGUUAGCCGCGAGGAGAACGUACAGAUAACCACUGUUCCCAGUAUCAAUGUUGGCUAGCCAAAUCACCCAAGCGUCCACAUGGAUGAAAAAAUCCACUAGUCAACCCCUCGGCGGCGUGCGAUGAGCGUGGGAGCCGAUAAUCUUGACCGGCACACAGGCGCAUUACAACUGAAUGGCGAUGGCAUACUUCAACACCUGACCAGUCGAACCUUGAUGCACUCAGGAGCUGCCAACCAUGGUAGACAUGUAGCGGCCUUGCAGCAUCUGGACAAUCCUCUACCCUUAUCUGACUCUGUCUCUGAUGAUGAAUUCGAGUGAGAAUCCGAAACUUGAGGCUAAUAAAGCACUUGUUCUAGCUAUCGUCUCUCCUUCUCGACUACUUUAUGGAGCCCGCCCCUUCGCUUCUAUUAGCAACCAUUAGCCUAUACCGCUUUUUCAGAAAUGUGCUGGUUUCCUCACACCUUAAAGUAUGUUCAUUGAAUAUGCACCCAUUUCCAACAAAAAAGAUACAUCAACUUCACCGUGCUCUCGCUUGUGCGCCUUAAGACCAUGCCGUUAAAAACCACUUCUAUGGCCGGGGACAACCGCAACUGAGGCUGGCUCGGCCUCAUUCCGCAAAUGUUCAUUAGCAUACAGAAUGAAGCGGAACUUGGGAGUUAUCGAGGACUACGAGAGCAAACCCACCCAUUUUUAAACAUCGUUGUACAUACUUUGUUGAUUCUUUAAUGAGCUUGCUCUCCGAAACAGAAGCCUGAAACAUGUACAACUUUUAAUUUAUGCUUACAGAAGAACAGGAUUUGAGUUGUAGUUACGAUCUCCAUUGCCUGCUGUGCAAUGGACCCGUGCAAUGUGGGCCUUCGAAUUUUCGUUCAUUUUAAUAAAUAAAAAUAAUCUCACUUCAACUGAUCUAGUUAUGACAAGGCUAGGCCUCAGUGGCAUUGGAAUUCGCGACAGCAGGAAAAAGUCUGGAGUACAGUCAACUUUCUAACCAUUUGAACUACGAGGCUGUUUUCCUGGUAUAAGGGCUAUUCCAACCCUGCCAGGUGGCCGGACUUAUUAUUUGGGUUGGUUCCCUGAUAUGCCCAGGUGUCAAGUAUGCAAACCGCGUUGACGGAGUUUUUACCAGCCCCUGCUAGCAGGCAGAACCAACUGGCUCUCUUUACAGCGCUUUCGUCUUCCUGCUGAUUUCCGUUUUCGCACGGCCUUUUGUCCUUGUGAUGUGACAAACAGCAGGUUUUGCAAUCGAUGUAGCCGCAGUGAUGGACCUCGAAGCGCCUGACUGCCCGUGAAUUUAUCCCUGUUUAAACAAAGGAAAUGGGCCGAUUGUUCUAGCUAGGACCGUUGUAAGCACACGAGAUGGAGAUGACGAACAAAUACGGAUGCAAGAGUCCGAACGAGAAUACCCCAUAACAGGACUUUAUUCAUCCUACAAUGACGUAAUGGAACUAAAACGAGAAAUAGAUAAGUAGUAGAUACGAUGGAAUUUAGCCCUGGGGUUUAUGUUAGCAUGACAUCGAACCUUUAGACAACGUUUCUAACCCGAUUUUAAAUUUUGAGAAACACUAUUUUCAGCUUGUUUUAGGUACCAGUUAACCGUAUCUCCUUCCCAGAUUAUCAGUUUAUGCUAUAUCUCCUAUAUCUCGGUAGAAUAUGCGUCAUUGUUUUCUGUAUACACAACAAUCUUACCAAUGCAAUGCCUCGUAAACUGCAUUCCUAACCGCGAUUCCAACAUCUUAGAUCAACGACUAAGCCUGCUACACCGUCAGUUGCACACAGCUAAUAUGGCAGGUUUCCGGAGACAUUUUUAGGUGUACAUAAACGAAUCAUGAGUAAAUGGAUAAAUAAGAUGACAGAAUAUCAGCGAUGAGGUCAUCUCAAUGUUCUUUAGUUAUGACAUGAUAUUAAAGCGUCUUUCUGGUUGCAAAGCAGACGUUUUAGCGUUUCAAAUUACUGCAUAGUAAGGAGCCUACCUCAGUAUUUUCUUGUGACCCUAAAAGGUAACAGGGAGAUCAGCUUUCAGCGCGUCUUUCUGAGUAUGCAUAUCGCUUUCUUCUUUGGUAUUCCCCAUAAUAUACAGUUCAUUUACGCAUCACCCUGAAGAGUUGGUAGGAGGGAGUUAGGCCAGGAUCGGGUCCGGGCAAAACUGACUCAUCGCAAAUCACCUGACGCGCUUUAGAUUAUAGUUUUAAAAAUGGCCAACCGCGGAAUGAUUCCUUUAUCCUACUCGGAUUGAAGGCCAGACCCCACUGAUUCCUUUGUACCGCAGCCCUUAAGAGCAGUUGUUCUGGCUUUCUGCCAUGUAUAUGUAGGCAUGAAUACAUGUGCCGCACGCGAAGAGGGCAUCCAUCUGCUUCAACUAUUGCCUUUGGACACACACUUUCAGUCAUCUUUAUUUUGUCUCUUCAGUGGAGCGCGUUUAGUGUUGGAAGAGAGAGUCUUGCUUUCACUGCGAAAAUCUCCAUCUCCUCAAUCCACUUCACCUGCAGCUCACCAUUGCAAUCCCGAGACAGCGCUGGUUACAGCCACAUCGCACACGUAUCAGGCAGUUUAGCUACCUGUAAUUGGGAAAAUAAUCGUUGUCAUUGCUUGAUCAGCGGCAAGGUUGUUGCACAAAAUUCUUUUUGAAAUACACUAUCCAGCCUCCCGUCAGUGUAUUUGUGGGGUUUUUUUUCGGUCUCAUGGGCUAUUUAUGAUUCCCUGUUCCUUGAUACUGCUAAGACUUGAAUAGUGGUAGGGGGCGCUCACCGAUUGUUCUUACGGAACUCACUCGUUCAGUUGUGCCUUACGGGCUCUUUCUCGAGCCCAACCAGCAGCCACAGAGCGGCGCAUGAUGUAGGCAGAAUGCUAUUACCGACAAAGACAAGGUACACUGGAAUGGCCAUUUCUGGCUUGUUAGCCGUCGUCAGCCAGUCAUACCCAACCCCGAAGUGUGGAACACCCGAGGCUCGAACUCGCGACCUGUUAGUUAGAAGUCCACGCAUCUAGCCACUGGGCCACGGGCGCGUUGACCUGUCGGUUUCGAUCGGGAAGGGUGUUCCACACUUCGGGGUUGGGUAUGACCUGCUGACGACGGCUAAUAAGCCAGAAAUGGCCAUUUCAGUCUCCCUUGUCUUUGUCGGUAUUAACAUUCUGCCUAUGUCAUGCGUCGCUGUGCAGCUGCUGGUUGGGCUCGAGAGAGAGCCCGUACGGCACAACGGAACGAGUGAGUUCCUUAAGAAUGAUCGGUGAGCGCCCAUUUCCCGAUCGAAACCGACAGGGCAAUGGAGUCGUGGCCCAGUGGUUAGAGGCGUGGACUUCUAACUAACAGGUCGCGAGUUCGAGCCUCGGCUGUUCCACACUUCGAGGUUGGGUAUGACUGGCUGAUCACGGCUAAUAAGCCAGAAAUGGCCAUUCCUAUCUCCCUCGACUUUGUCCGUAAUAACAUUCUACUUUUGAGUAGGUUACCACCAAAAACCUGCGGUUCCUUCCGAACAGUAGCUCAUUGGGACCGCACGUGUCAAUUAUUGUUCCAAGUUGUUUCUCGAACUUUCAUAACUUGGCUUUAGACUACUACUAAAUACCUAUCGCAGGUAUAAUUUCUUUUUUUCCGCGCACGACAAAGUGGUUGCGUCGUUGUAUCGUCGUUUGGUACACUUUACCUUUACUGGCCACCUUGGCGGCUUCCCUGUGUUCCGCUUUUCUGCUUCAUUAUGUCGCGCCGUUUGCUCAACGUUCCCACUUUACUUUUAUGAGGGUUUGCCAACGUCAUUCGUCCUUGGGCUUCUAUUGGCCAUUUUGCUGACUUGAUCUCUGAACUUGAAAUCUUAUUGUGCAGAUGCUAUAUUUAGCUGACUGGUUUUUUGGUGUUAAAUUUCGUUAGUAUUCAAUUUUUCGGGUCACGAUUUGAUCCCAUUCACGGAAUUAAAACAUUUUCCCUAAGCUUCAUCCUUUUUCACCGCUCUCUUUCCCAUUUAUUAGCCCCAGCCAUAAACCCCUACUUCCACCUGUUCCGUAAGACACGAUGACCUAUCCUCUGCAUUCUAGAUGGGGUUGCAUAUUGCGUCAUUGCCCCAAGACCGCGGGAGAAGUUUACCCCGCGAUCAUCACGCGCCUAUUCUGUUUCCCGAUUCGUGCCCUUCAUACAUUUGGGUGUAGAUCGGGCAACAUUUAGGCGUUCUAUGUAAACCCAUGUAAGAUACCUCCACAAAGCCCUGUCACUCCUGCAUAAACUCUAUGGCUAACAAAAUGAGAUUUUUCUGUCACACGGCUUAGGCGGUAUUAAAUGGAUUUAGGGAAAACACGAGUCUUGUUAGUUAACUUGGUAUUUGCCAAUUAGUCUUUUACGCCGUCUUUAAGUCGUGCCGGCAGUCUCGGGUGUCGUUUUAAUGAAUCGAUUUUUUAAGCUCAUCAUUUGUGUGGUGUUUUUAUAGGAGGGUAUUUUUGAUGCCUUGUCACGACGUUUUAUGAUGAUAAAUGAUAAGGAUUUGCCCAGGUUCCAUCAUUGCAACCUGUUUGAGCCUCCUGAAAGGAGAACGUAUUCUUUAUUUACGUAAACUCCAUCAUUUAUGCCAACUUUUGGAGCCAUUUUUAUAUCAUCUCUCAUGACCCUCGACCACUCAGACGAUACGGAUCUCAUCACUGUCUGUGGGGACGCAGAUACGUCGCUGCCGUAUCUGAUGCUUUGCGUAAUGUGUUUUUCUUACUUAACUUCUUAACUGCAAUCAACAGAAACUCUUUGAUUGCAUUUCAUAGGAGUCAAUGUUACUCCCAUUCGGCACUCUGCCAACGCUUAAAAUUUCAGAUCCAUUUCUUCGCUACCGACGUCACAAAGGUGCUUAAAUGCGCAAAACCGUAUGCAGUCUGACGUUGAUUUGAAUUUUUCACACAUCUUUAAAAGCAUUCAUUGUCCCCCGCCUCAAGCAUGUGCCUCUCCUGCACUUUGUGGCUGGUAUCGCCCGCAGAUGCAUCCAGCAUUCUGAUUGGGCAGAUACAUGCCAAGCAGUCUCUAAUAGGCCUGACUAGAUUAUUCUUCAGGCGCUGGUCCUAACCGCUGACAAGCGCGUUCUUUUCUUCCAGACAUGCGGUCUGCCACUGCAACAUUCAUCACGUGUGCGUCGGGUGGAGGAGUUGCGUUUGCGGUCCUAUCUGGUGUUCCCCUUCUAG